GACCAGAUAAAGAAAGUACAAAGUCUCAGUCUUGUCGCAAUAAGCGCAGACUGUUGGUGUUCAGCGCAUUCCUGUCUGGGGCAUCCCCUAAACUUUGAAGGUUACGUUCGUCACAAUUUAUAAGUUCGUGUUUUCUUGUCGAACACAACCUUUUUCUUCCAUAUACCCUUAUCCUUCAACAAAAUAACUAGACAGUGCCGUUGCUGCAUCCAAAUCUUCAAAAAGAAAAAGCCCAGAAAGACAUCCAAAAAGAUGCGGUCUAUAGCUAUCCUGAUAGCAUGGUUGGCUGCCGCUACGGCACCAGUCUCUGCUCUUCAGAUCCCAGACCUCCUGCGCCGUCAAACCACACCGUCGACUCCGCCGGCCAGUCCGCAGGGCAAAAUAGUCCCCGUCACCGUCGGCUCGACCACCAGGGACAAGUCGCUUCGCUUCUACCCAGAGGAUGUCAGGGCUGCCAUUGGCGACACCAUUCAGUUUCAGUUCUGGCCAAACAACCAUACAGUCACGCAGGCAAUCGGUCCACAAAACCCCUGUCGCCCGAUGGAGGCUGUAAACGGUGCAGAACCUCCCGUCAACAGCGGUUUCAUCCCCGGCUCAACAGACGGUGCCCCAGUGGGGACCUUUAGCAUGCAAGUCAAGUCGAUGGAUCCGAUGUAUCUGUACUGCGCCAGAGCUCCUCACUGUGCCCUGGGCAUGGUCAUGAUCAUCAACCCCAAGAACGAUUCGGAUGUCGAAACAUACCGCAAAGCCGCCAUUGCCAAGAACGAAACGAUAUACGGAAACAUUGCCGUCGCGGGAGGCCAGGUCGGGUUCAUCCCAAACAACCAAGCCGUUCCCCCUCCCAGCUAAAGCCUCGCCGACGUCAAUUGUGAUGAAAUCAUGGCUAGAUUCCUCAAGGCGGGCGGGGAUAUUUGGUUGACAUUAUUAUUUUGGUUCUUCAAUAUUUAGCUUUCGCAACCACGUGUGGCCAACUUGAAACCAGCAGUGCUGCUAUAUCUUGGCUCCCGUUUACAAUUUAAUACUUACAAAUCUUCCUUUCGCC